GGCGCCCUGGCCUUUGCCAGGCCCGUAGCUCCCCGCCGCUGCUCUUACCAUGGCCCGCCCCCUUGGCGUACCAAAACAAGAAGGCUGUGGCUAGGGAGGCCUGGGGGCGGGGCCCGCUCGCGCGGCGUAGCGGGUUGGGCGCAGGGCUCUGCCCAGCACUUCCGCCAGCGGCUAGUCGUCGGACCCGAGGCAUGGAGGUGGGCUAGCGCGCUGCAGCAGGGCCGAGCCGGAAAUGUCCUUUUUGGGGGCCAAAGUGUGAGUGUAUCUGAAUGCAGAGCCUCAUCUAUUCACAAACAAGCCCAGCAUUCUCAACAAAGAAGAUCACUUCUCUGUAGGACAUUUGCCAAGGUACAGAAUGAGCACAUGCUGUUGGUGUACUCCAGGUGGUCCUUCCACCGUUGAUGUCCUAAAGUGCUAUGCAUCUAGCACUGGUUCGAGUGACUUUCAAACAGCUGAUGAAGACCUCUGCUACUGCUUAGAGUGCGUGGCUGAGUACCACAGAGCCAGAGAGGAAGUGCCAUUCUUGCAUGAGGUUUUAUGGGAAUUAGAAACCUUACGCCUCAUAAAUCACUUUGAGAAGUCUAUGAAAGCAGAAAUUGAAGAUGAUGAUGAAUUAUAUAUAGUAGACAACAAUGGAGAGGAACAGCUAUUUGACUGUAGUGGCCAAGAUUUUGAAAAUAAACUCCGAGUUCCUCUUUUUGAAAUACUGAAGUACCCUUACUUGCUUCUGCAUGAGCGUGUUAGUGAACUGUGCGUGGAAGCACUUUGUCGAAUGGAACAAGCCAAUUGCUCCUUUCAGGUUUUUGACAAAUACCCAGGCAUCUAUUUGUUUUUGGUUCAUCCAAAUGAAAUGGUUCGGCGAUGGGCUAUUCUGACUGCAAGAAACCUGGGGAAAGUGGACAGAGAUGACUAUUACGACUUACAGGACGUUUUAACUUGCCUUUUUAAAGUCAUUGAGUUGGGACUUUUGGAAAGUCCAGACAUUUACACUUCUUCUGUGCUUGAAAAAGGCAAACUGAUCCUUCUGCCUGCACACAUGUAUGAUACUACGAACUACAAAAAUUACUGGCUGGGUAUUUGCAUGUUGCUGACUAUUCUUGAGGAGCAAGCCAUGGAUUCACUGUUACUGGGCUCAGACAAACAAAAUGAUUUUAUGCAAUCAAUCCUUCACACCAUGGAGAAGCAGUCGGAUGAUGACAGCAUGGAUCCUUUCUGGCCAGCAUUACACUGUUUCAUGGUGAUUCUGGAUCGCCUUGGAUCAAAAGUGUGGGGUCAACUUAUUGACCCUAUUGAAGCAUUUCAAACCAUCAUUAACAACGUGAGCUACAAUAGAGAAAUCCAAAAUAUAAGGAACAGCUCCAUAAGGACCAAGUUAGAACCGGAGCCACAUUUUGAUGAUAUGGUGACAUGCAGCCAGAUUGUCUAUAACUAUAACCCUGAAAAGACCAAAAAGGAUUCAGGGUGGAGAUCAGCCAUUUGUCCAGACUAUUGUCCUAACAUGUAUGAAGAAAUGGAAACAUUAGCCAGUGUACUUCAGUCAGAUAUUGGUCAAGAUAUGCGUGUUCAUAACAGUACCUUUCUGUGGUUCAUACCUUUUGUUCAGUCACUCAUGGAUCUUAAGGACUUGGGUGUGGCUUACAUUGUAGAAGUUAUUCAUCAUCUAUACUCUGAAGUCAAAGAUGUCCUCAACCAGACAGAUGCUGUGUGUGACAAAGUCACUGAAUUUUUUAUUCUGAUUUUAGUAUCUGUGAUUGAACUGCAUAGAAAUAAGAAAUGUUUGCAUCUGCUGUGGGUGAGUUCCCAGCAGUGGGUAGAAGCUGUUGUGAAGUGUGCCAAGCUUCCUACCACUGCAUUUGCACGGAGUUCCGAGAAGUCACCUGGAAGUACCCCCAAAGGGAGCGCAAUAAUAUCAUCAUUGGCACUGCAUUCUGUGCCCUCUAAUUCUGUCCAGCUUGCUUGUGUCCAGUUGAUUAGGGGUCUUCUCAAAGAAGGUUAUCAGCUUGGUCAGCAAACACUUUGUAAGCAGUUCUGGGAUAAACUUAACUUAUUCCUUCGAGGAAACUUAUCUCUGGGUUGGCAGUUGACUGCUCAAGAAACCCAUGAGUUACAAAUGUGUUUGAAACAAAUAAUUAGAAACAUAAAAUUCAAAUUGCCCCAAUAUAGCACUUUUGGGGAUCUGACUUCUACAUGUAAAACUCCUCCAUCUUUUAAAGAAGAAAGUGAACAAAUAGACAGGAAGCCUAAAAAGGACAUUUAUUGCCUGGAAAAUUACAGCUCAACAUCUUCUAAAGAACCAGUGAAAGCUGACCGUAAUCAAGUAUUGAUUAAAGCAAAUAAUAGAGAAGAGGAGGGCAUCAAGCAGCAUUACAUUGAUUUGAAUGAAGAAGAGCCUCUUCCACCUGAAUUGUGGUUGAAGCAGGAGAGUGAGGUCCUUUUUUCUGGAAGUGAUCAAGAGCAAGUUAAAAUAAGCACAGAGAAGCCUGUAAAAGAAACCUCUUCUCAUACACCACAGAAUAAUACUUUAAGAAAUGGCCCAGAAUGGGGAUGUGACAGAGGAGUCAUAAUAUCAACACGUUCAUUGACUGUUUCUAGCACUGAUUCUCUGGAAAAGGUAUCUACAUCAAAUGAAGAUGUCUCAUUAAAGGAUGACACUGUUGGUAAAAACUCAAAACCAAAGUCUAAAGCACAGAAAGAUGAAAUUUGUGCAAAGUUAUCACAUGUCAUAAAGAAGCAACAUAGGAAAAGUACUUUGAUCAAUAACACUAUCAAGCUAGAGGAAAAUACAGCUAUGCCUGACCUUGAGAACUCCUGUUCGGGAAGAGAGAGAGAAGUUCUAAAGGAAGAUGCUAUCACACGUGAUGUGUCUUUAGACCCUGUUCUGGAUGAUGAACAUGGUGAGCAAAAUUUUCAAAAUAGUUCCUUGUUAAAAAAGAAACAGUUUAAAAGUGAGGAGUUCUAUAAUUCUGAUGAAAGCAAGUGUCAAAUCCAGGAACAGCAUGCUGCUGAUGAUUUGUUAUCAUGUACAGAAGUUACUGAUAUAUCGGUGGAGAAAACAUCAUGUGAGAGUCCUGUAAAGGUGGUAGUUGAAUCAAGAGAUAAGGAAAUGAGAAAGAGUACAGUGCUGACUUCGAACUUGGUACAAGAACAGGUGCCUCAUGGCAGUAGCAAGCCUUCGGUUACAGGAUCUCAAAUAGACCACUGUAACAUCACUUUAAUAAUAGCUCAAACCACUGUUAUUCAGUUCCCAUCAGGGUCAAAUAAAACUCCAUCUCAGCAACCAAGAAGAGAUGGUAGAUAUUUGACAGUUAAGCAAAACAGUGCUGACACUUGCCAUGGGCAGAUUAUUGUUAUUUCAGAUUCUGAUGAAGACGACGGUGAAAGAGGUCAUGGUAUUGAGAACCACAUCACACAGGGAGAAGUACGCAUGGAGGAAGACUGUCCAGAGCAGCACGGCUCAGUAGUUAAUACCGGUAUGGAAAAGCAGCAUAUAAAAGAAGAAACAAAGUGCCCAGUAGAAUUUGAGGACUCCGAAUCUCAGGUUUUUGAGUUUGAAAGUUCAUCUGAAGUGUUUUCAGUUUGGCAGGAUCAUAAGUUAGACAGCAAGAACUCCCUUCACAAGGAAGGAAAAAGCUGUGUAACUCAUGUAGCUGAUAGUACAAACAAUUUGGGUUCUGGUGCAGACUCUGUGUCUGAAGAGGUUGUUAGAAAUGAGGCAGAGGAUGUUGAAGAACAUGCAGAACCACACAGUAUUUCUGUUGAGGAAUUUUGUAAAACUGAAGGGAAAAAACAUAAGAGAAAACGAUGUGACAGAGUUACAGCUGAAGAUCCUCAGAGACCUUCAUCUUCUGUAACAUUUGAGCGAUUAGCUGAUGACAGAGAUCUUGCUGGAAGUGAUUUAAAAAGUACAGACAUGGAGAUAUCGGCUCCCAGUUCAAGUGUUGAGAGAGAUCCUACAGUUUCACUGAUGAAGUCUGCAAAGCCUCGUACUCACUCAAAAUCUGUUAGGAAAGUUCCAGCUUCUAAGGUUAUUAAGAAAACGCAUUUAGACACCAAAAGAGGACAGAAUAAGAGUUCAUGUUACAUCAGUUGUAGAACAUCUCCUGCUAUUGUGCCACCGAAGAAAUUUCGCCAAUGUCCAGAGCCAACUUCAACGGUUGAAAAACUUGGCCUGAAAAAAGCUCCUCGGAAGGCAUUUGAGUUGUCCCAGAGGUCUCUGGAGUGUAUAGUCCAGUUACGUGACCAUGGUAAGACUGUUGGAGUAGUCGACGCCCCCAAAAAGACUAAAUUAAUUUCUCCUCAGACUCUUUCCAUCAAAAAUAAUAAGAAGCUUCUGACAAGUCAGGAUCUUCAGUUUCAAAGGCUCAUGAGAUCUAGAUCACAUCAAAAACGAGACCUUGAUUACACUGCAAGAACAGUGUCACGCACAGUACAGGGUUCUGAUGGACUUGUACCAGACUCUGAUGGGUCAGCGAAUCAUAGAGGAAAUGGGCCCCCUGCCAACAGUAAUGAAAAGCAAUUAGCAAAAUGCAUGCCUUUCAAACCAGAAGUGGCAAAAGCCAUUUCUGAUCCUCAGGUGACUGAUAUAGCUUCUCUUGUGAACCAGUGUGAGUCUAGAGUGUUAAGUGGAGGAGUGCCAACAGAUGUGAUGCUCUCUACUCCAGAGGAGCCUGUGGGUGAAUGUUCUCUCACAGUGCAAGUUGGGGAGAUGGCAGCUGUUAAAAUUGCUGAACCAGAAUCAAGUAGUGAUACAGAUGAUGACAAUUUAUUUCUCACACAACAUGAUCCUCAAGAUAUGGAUCUGUGCUCACAGAUGGAAAAUGAUAAACUGAUUGUAGUGGCUCAUAAAGAUACAGUUCAGAGAGAGGAGUCUGUAAGUCAGCCUCAUUUGGAGUCUUUUAGUGUCACAAAGUGUAAGUACAAAGACUGUGUUGAAACCACUAGAAACCAGGGUGAAUACUGCCCAAGACACGCUGAAGCUAAAACAGCCGAUGACAACGUGUUUCGUAAACCUGGCUUACCUCUUAGGUCGUCCUUGAGACCUACUACCACCAAAAUAUUCAGCUCAAGCAGUGCCUCACGAACUGCCAAUCUUUCCAAAUCUUUGGAAAGUACCAUACUUCAGUCAGUACUAAAAAAUAAGUCGAAUGGGGCACAGCCUAAUUUGAAGGUGACACCACCCAUUUCCCUGGAGUCUCAGAAGCCAGUGGCUGAGGUGAAAAGUUUAAGCAGUAUUUUUCAUUUUCAGGCUCCUAGCAGUUCCAACAGACAGAGUCACAAGCUUACACUUAGUGAGAACAAGCCUAUGUCAGCUUCCUCUCCAGUGAACAUUCUCUUGCCGUCGCAGUCUAUCUUUGACACCUUCAUUAAAGAAGUCUUGAAAUGGAAAUACCAAAUGUUUUUGAACUUUGAUAAAUGUGGUGCCCCAACAAGUCUCUGUCAAUCUAUCUCAAGACCUGUGCCCGUCCGAUUUCAAGAUUGUGCAGAGUAUUUUAAUGUUUUUCUUCCUUUGAUUAUAUUGAAUGCUUUUGAAACAGUGGCACAGGAAUGGUUCAACUCUCCAAAUAAAGAGCAUUUCUAUUUGCAUUUACGAAAAUUUCCAGCCGACUAUAAAAAAUACUGGGAGUUUAUGAUUUACCUGGAGGAAUCUGAACUAGCUAAACAGCUUCAUCCAAAGGAAAAUGAUCUGGUGUUUUUGGUUCCUGAGAGACUAAAUAGAGAGAAGAAAGAUAUGCACAGGAAUGGCAUGCAAGACCGAAAUGGCUAUUACUGUGGUUAUGUUCAUAAGUUUCGUCGUACUUCAGUCAUGCGCAGUGGAAAAGCUGAGUGUUCCUUGUGCAUCCAGACACAAGAUAACUUGCCAGCCAGCCUCAACGAACUUACGAAAUGUAUUGUAAUCAGUUCUCUGGUAACUACACAGAGGAAAUUGAAAGCUAUGUCUCUCUUGAACAGCCGGAACCAGUUGGCCAGAGCUGUUCUAAAUCCAAACCCCAUGGACUUCUGUACAAAAGACCUAUUAACUACAACAUCUGAAAGAAUUAUUGCCUACUUAAAAGACUUCAAUGAAGACCAGAAGAAAGCCAUAGAAACUGCAUAUGCCAUGGUGAAACACUCACCAUCCGUUGCCAAAAUCUGUUUGAUUCAUGGACCACCUGGAACAGGAAAAUCAAAAACCAUUGUUGGUCUCUUGUACCGCUUAUUGACAGAGAACCAGAGGAAGGGCCGUUCAGAUGAAAACUUCAAUGCCAAAAUCAAGCAAAACCGAGUCCUUGUGUGUGCACCUUCCAAUGCAGCUGUUGAUGAACUUAUGAAAAAAAUUAUCCUUGAAUUCAAAGAAAAAUGUAAAGACAAGAAGAAUCCUUUGGGAAAUUGUGGAGAUAUAAAUUUAGUACGACUAGGCCCAGAAAAGUCUAUUAAUACAGAGGUCCUAAAAUUCAGUUUGGACAGCCAAGUCAACCACAGAAUGAAAAAAGACUUGCCUUCUCAUAUUCAAGAAAUGCAUAGAAGAAAAGAGUUUCUAGAUGGUCAACUUGAUGAGCUUUCUCGCCAGCGAGCUCUGUGUCGAGGUGGGCGGGAGAUGCAGAGGCAAGAAUUAGAUGGACGCAUUGCCAACGUUUCAAAAGAAAGGCAAGAACUCGCUUCAAAAAUUAAAGAAGUUCAGGGACGCCCACAGAAGAUGCAGAAUACCAUCAUCUUGGAGUCUCAUGUCAUCUGCUGCACGUUGAGCACAAGUGGGGGCUUACUACUUGAGUCUGCUUUUCGAGGGCAAGGGGGUGUCCCCUUUAGUUGUGUCAUUGUUGAUGAGGCUGGGCAGUCUUGUGAAGUUGAGACACUUUCUCCACUUAUCCACCGCUGCAACAAACUCAUCUUAGUAGGGGACCCCAAACAGCUCCCUCCCACGGUCAUUUCUAUGAAAGCACAGGAGUAUGGCUAUGACCAGUCGAUGAUGGCACGAUUCUGCAAGCUACUUGAAGAAAAUGUGGAGCAGAACAUGAUUGGCAGGCUGCCGGUUUUACAGCUUACCAUUCAGUACAGGAUGCAUCCAGACAUAUGUCUCUUCCCUUCGAAUUAUGUUUAUAACAAAAACUUGAAAACAAAUAGAUUGACUGAAGCCGUUCGGUGUUCAUCAGAGUGGCCAUUUCAGCCCUACCUUGUGUUUGAUGUUGGCGAUGGUUCAGAACGACGGGAUAAUGACUCUUAUAUAAAUGUUCAAGAAAUAAAGUUGGUGAUGGAAAUAAUUAAACUUAUUAAAGACAAAAGAAAAGAUAUUUCCUCCCGAAAUAUUGGCAUAAUAACCCAUUACAAGGCUCAGAAGACAAUGAUCCAGAAGGAUUUGGAGAAAGAAUUUGAUAAGAAAGGGCCUGCAGAAGUGGAUACAGUGGAUGCCUUCCAGGGCCGGCAGAAAGACUGUAUAAUUGUUACCUGUGUCAGGGCGAGUGCUGUGCAAGGGUCAAUUGGAUUCCUGGCAAGUUUGCAGAGAUUGAAUGUCACCAUUACACGAGCCAAGUACAGCCUUUUUAUCCUUGGACAUUUGAGGACUCUGAUGGAAAACCAACACUGGAAUGAACUGAUUCAGGAUGCUCAGAAGCGUGGGGCCAUCAUUAAGACCUCUGACUCAAACUAUAGACACGACGCUAUGAAGAUUCUGAAACUGAAGCCUGUGCUGCAGAGGAGUCUGACGCACCCUCCAGCCACUGCCCCGGAAGCACCCAGACCUCAGGGUGGCUUGCCCAGCAACAAGCUGGACAGUGGACUUGCCAAGACAUCUUUUGCUGCUUCUCUGUACCACACACCCUCUGAUGCUGUCCCUUCAAAGGAACCUGAAAGGUCAUCUCUUCAAGAUCGACUUCGAGAUCCACGACUGCUUAGGAGAUUGGAUGCUGAAGCCAAGGGAACAUUCUUGAAGGAUCCACAGCCUGUGAGCCCUCAGCUCCCUGGGGUAGUCCAUCUCCUGGGAGAGCACGGCUUUCCUGUGUUUUUUCAGGACCUGGGUUUUGUUGUGCCACCAUCCACUGCCAUCGUUGCUCCUCUGAGCAGCCACAGGUCUCCUCUGCAGGCUGAGCCACCACCUGCUCACCCUGUUGCUCCUUCCACAAGCAAGAGGAAAUACAGUGACCCAGACCCUGGGUUCAGUCACAGAAGAGAGCCCAGGGCCUUCGGUGAAGAGAAGAGGCGUACCUCUGUGACUCACCACAUGCUGAGGAGCACAAACUGGGACAAGAGAGGGGUAGAGCAGGAGGACAGCAGUGCCAAGAAGAGGCGCUUUCUAUAGUGGCUCCUGGUGAUGAGGCUGCCAUCCACAGGUAGCUAGUGGCACCAUACAGAUAAGCUGGGUUUAUUUUUGUUUCCUUUGAAGAGUCUCUUAAAGAAUGGAAAUACCUUCUAACCCUUGGGCUGUUGUUGGUCAUCUGCAGUACUUUUUGCCAGUUAUAUACACUUGGAGAGGGCGUUUGUGUAUCUGUAAUGUCUUUGAGGUCAAAAAUUCAAAAUGUUGAGAUCUUUUGUUCGGUAGAAAAGGUCAGCUCAGGUGAAUGCUGUAAAGGUUAAACUGUGAGUCUGUAUAGCAAAUACAAAAUCCUUUUAAAAUGUAAACUGAUAGAUCACAUUUCCUUCUGCUUAAAACAGGAAAACUUCAUAUUUAAAGAGAGUGAGGAGGAAGGGUCCUUUGAGCCAUUGUGUGGUGGACAGAUUUCUUUAACAGCCUCAGUAUUGGGAAUUAGCCAAGUCGUACUAGUGGGCAGUGUCUCUAACUAUUUAAAAAACUGCUGGGGUCUCCUGGGCCUUCAGAAAGCAGCAUGUUGGGAGCUGUUGUGCACUUUGAGACAAGACAGCUUGGCACAGUACGUUACUGUCUGUGACAAGUUCAUUUACCUUACUAAUGUAUGACUUAGUUUUCUGCCGAAAUUCCUUGCCCUUCUCAGGACAGAAGAACAAUUCUUGAACUGUCAGAUGUUCCCAAUGUUUUGUUAGGUUGGUGUAACUGCUGAGCUGUAGACAUGGUUACCAAAUGGAGGAUUUGGAUUGGCCUGGCCUAGAAGAGUCCCUUCAGGUUGCUUGUGAAGGCUUGAGGGUUUCCAGGAAAAUAGACAGUGGAUGCUUUUGGAGGGAUUCCUUGGGAGCUGCACAGAGCAGAGCAGAGAGUGUAUCUCAGGAGGAGAGCUACUCCAUGAGAAAGACAAGAGCUGCUGUCUGGGCUUCAGAACCAUACAGUAGAUAGGAGGGCUUGCUGUGGUGGGUCACUGGGGGCCCUCAGCCUCCAUCCAACCUGCUGUGCCUGUGAGAGGCAUUGGAGUCAGCACAAGGGCAGGCUGCAUAAGCAGUCAGGUUUCCAAACCUCCAUGUAGAAGAGCAUGUGAAUGUGGGCUUUCUAGUGACUACUAUAUGCACAGCCCAUUAGCUGCUUUGAGGUGGAAAGACAUCCCUGAAAAUUAAUGUUCACGGUUUAGAAUUUUGUCAUCUGUUCUUAAACAAAAGGGUUUACGUUAGAAAUUCUGCUGAAGCAGGUUUUAUUUGUUAAGAGCUUUGAAAACCAGUGUGCAUUUUGUCAAGUUUCAGUACUGAGCUUCCUAAGCUGCCUCUGCGCUGCUGUCUAGACCUGUACCCUAGUGUAUGCUGGACACUUGUAAAACUUGGGAGCAGGCACCUUCUCAUAGUGAGUGCCUCAGCCUCCUGGCUGUAGCUAGCUAGGUGGGAAGUCAAUCCACUCUGGCUAGGCCAAGGGUUAAAUAAGCCUCCUGCAUGUGACAUUGGCAGGAAACCUCACUGUCACUUGAAAUGUUCUUUCCUGGUGUCUGGGAAAAAGUGCUCAGUUUAGCAGGGAUUUGUGAAUGUGACCACUAAGAAGGCCAAAAGUGUGCUUCUGAUGGGGCAUGACAAAACGGCAUGGCCAGGGCAGCUCCCACUCUGCUGCUCAUGUUCCCACUAGAUUAAGAAACAAGUUUUUAAAAAGAAGUUUCUCCAAAACAUGUAGCUGGCUGCCAGCCAGUGUGUGGUGUAGGAUAACAUGUGUUUAUCUGCGGGCUCACUGUUAACCUCAUUAGGGGAUGUGAGAUCUAGGACAUCCUGUUUGUUUUGUGAGUGUAAGAGCUGCUGAGAUUAAACUCUGGCCAGGGCCUUGUCCUUGUAUCAUCCUUUCCAGGAACCGAGCCUUGCCUUAGAACACUCUUUCAACAGAAUGUAGUUGUGUGGCAUUAGAUCUGGAAACCUUAUUUAUUCCAGUUGGUAAAGGUAUUUGCAGAAAGUGUUUGGUGUCAAGGGGCCUUUCCUGAAGGCACCAUCAUGAGUGCUUAAUCCUGACAAGAUGAAAUGUUCACUUUGUCCUUUCUGUGGUUAAAAGAACAGGCCCUGACUGCUUUCAAAAUGUUAUUUCAAGGCGAAUGUAUUACACAUGCCUUACUUUGCUUCUCUCUGAUUUACCACAGUUUGUUCAGUUAUGUUUUCAUGAAUUAAUCAGGAGCAAAUUUGAACAAGAACAUGUGAAUAAUCUCCUGUAAAUUAGUUUUGUAACAAGAGUGUACUAAACUAUUUUCUAAAAUUACUUGUGCACAUUGGGAAUCUUUCUGUAGCUUUGUGUUUUGUAUGCUCUGGAUUCAUAACUGGACUUUGACAAAUAGUAAACCUGUUAUCUUUGUCAAUACCUAAAAUUUAAGAGAAAAUGGCAGAAUUAAAAGCAAACAAAACUGA